AUGGCCUCGCCGAGCUACGCCGCGUCCCGUAGCCUGGAGCGGUCGGGAGUGGCGGCUUGCCACAUCGGUGGCACCACUCUGCACGCCUUCGCAGGGAUCGGCUCUGGGAAGGCACCGCUGGAACAGUGUAUUCAGCUGGCGGAGAGGCCUGGGGUGCGCCAGCACUGGCUGGCCUGCCAGCACUUAAUUAUCGACGAGAUCUCAAUGGUGGAUGGCAAGUUCUUUGACAGGCUGGAGGCAGUGGCGAGGGCAGUCAGAAAACGGGAUGAGCCUUUUGGAGGAAUUCAGCUAGUCAUCUGCGGGGACUUCUUGCAGCUACCCCCAGUCUGCAAGGCUAAUGAAGAAACCAAGUUCUGCUUCCAGGCGAAAAGCUGGAGGAAAUGCAUCCACAUAAACAUGGAGCUGACUGAAGUGCGGAGACAGACUGACAAGACCUUUGUCUCGCUCCUGAGUGCCGUCCGUUUAGGCAGGUGCACAGAGGAGGUUACCAGACUGCUGAUGCAGACUGCUGCUAACAGGUCUGAGCGUGAUGGGAUUCUGGCGACGCGGCUCUGCACCCAUAAAGAUGAUGUAGAAAUAACUAAUGAGAGACGCUUGCAACAGCUAUCAGGAGAAGUGCACACUUUUGAGGCUUUGGACAGUGACCCAAUGCUAGUGAAGUUAAUUGAUGCUCAGUGUCCUGUGGGUGGUAGAGUUGAGCUAAAGCUUGGAGCUCAGGUGAUGCUAGCUAAGAAUCUGGAUGUGUCUCAAGGGCUGGUGAAUGGGGCACGAGGAGUUGUUGUAGGAUUUGAAAGUGAACAGAAGGGACUGCCUAAGGUGAGGUUUCUCUGCGGGGUCACACAGGUCAUCAAAAUGGAGAAAUGGAUCUUCAAAGGACCAUCAGGAGUUCAUCUGAGUCGUCAACAGUUGCCUUUAAAAUUGGCAUGGGCCAUUUCCAUUCACAAGAGUCAGGGCAUGUCUUUAGAUUGUGUGGAGAUCUCCCUGUCUCGUGUCUUUGAAAGUGGGCAGGCUUAUGUAGCCCUCUCCCGAGCCCGUAGCCUUGCAGGUCUCCGUGUUCUGGAUUUUGAUCCAAAAGUAGUGAGAGCUGAUCCUUCUGUGUUGCAGUUCUAUAGACAGCUGAGACGUCAUCAACUUCUAACCCAGGAUUCACUACACACCCUUUCAGGUGCUGAUGAGAAGGAGAACUGGAAAUGCAGCUGA